CUUUAGAAGAUGUUUUGACAAAAUCAAUUAAUUAUAUAUAUUUUUAUCUUGUGUUACUAAUAAAUAGAAAAAGAUCUUAAUUGGAUUCCUAUGUAACUAAAAAGAUUUGGAAUAAUAAACAUAAUUUAUGAAAGAUAUUUUAAUGUUUUUGUGAUUUGGCGUUCAUAUGAGAUCUAGCUCAAUAACAUAAUAGUUGGGAGUCGUCAGAAACUCCAAACAGAGAGCAAACUAAGCGGUGUGAAUGCAUUCGUGGAUCUGCAAACCAUUUUUGUGGCGAAGGUCAAACUAUAUAUGAGACACUAUCUUGAACAGCGGCACACUGAAUUCGAUUUAGCAGAUUCUUCACAUAUUGUCGAAUUGAAGUGUUGGUUUAUGUGUCUUGCUGGAUUUCUUAAAAAAAAAUAUGCCAAGUCUUCCUCACCUGCAAGAUCAUGAGUAGUAAGAAGUUACUCGAACACCAUAGGUACUUCUUCCUUGAAUGCUACAGAGGCUCCUUUAAUGAAAUAAUUCUCAAUAGCUUGAAGAAGGAAACACUAGGACGUUGGUUCCAUGACAGCAGUUAAGUAGAUUUUCUUCUCCUCAAGAACCUUUGCAAAGCUUUUCUCCACCCCACUAAAAAUAGCCUCCAAUAAAGCUUCAAAUUUAUCCCCCACAAACACAAAAUAGAAAUCAAGUAGAUCUUUCAUUGUGCACAGAACUUUGUUGAAACAUCAUAAUUUCAUAAAAUUGCAAACAAUUAACUUUAAAAGUUGAAUUAAAAAAUGACAAAUUAUUAAAUUAUAAAAAAUUAAAUCAAAUUGGAUUACAUAUCGGUCAUCAAUCGGUUAGUCUCAGGUUGUAGUGAUUUUUAAAUAACCUAAAUCGAAUUAUUAGAUCACCGGAUUAACUGGUUUGACCGCGGAUUUGAAUCGAAUUUAAAAGCACUUAUUUAAAUGCAAAAAUAUUUUAAAUACACAAAAUUCUUACAAAUUAAUAAAACAGUUUUUAAGAUAUUAGUGAAAUGUUUCGUCAUAAAAUAAUCCACAUUUGCUAAGCGCGGAUCAAGAUCUAGUAAGUAUUUCAAAAGAAGAUGAAUUUUACAAAGUUUUGGUUGGAUCGUUGUGUCCGCGUUUAAGACUGAAAGUCCUCCUUGGUGGGUUUUCUACUGUUCUUCAAUGUUUUAUUGUUCUUCAGUUGUCUUAGUGUCUUCGUCUGUCUAGGGUGGUUGUGGUGGAGUUUGCUGCUGCGACUGCUCUCCUGCGCCCCUGCUUUGUUUUAGCUGUUCUCUGUGGUCUUUAUGUUUGUGAUUGUGUGAUGGUUUGAUCAGCUUUGCCUCUGUUGUUCUCUGGAUCAGCUUAAUUUGUCAUCCUUUCUGGUUGGUUUCGUUGAGUUUUGAGUGUUAUAUUUUUGGGUUUUGGUCUUUUGUUUCUUGUGUCUUCCAUCUAUAUUUAUGUUCCUGGAUUUAUGGAUGUCGCUUUGCUUCCCGAUUAGCGGGCUUGAUUUCUCAUUCUCUGGAGAUACUAUAUCUGCCAGCUUUGUAUCCUAGCAAUGUAUCCAUGUUUUGUUCAUCCCAUUUUCACUUUUUCGAAAUUUUCUUCUCAUAAAUUUGAUUAGUUUGAAAAUAAAAUUUUUGAGUUCUUUUGUUUCGGCUGUUCUUUGUGGUCUUUAUGCUUGUGGUUGUGUGAUCGUUUGAUCCGGGUCGGAUUUAAAAACAUUAACGGUCAAUAAUUAAUUUGAUAAAUAAAGAUAUAAUGAACAAUUUAUUAAUAAAUAAAGAACUUUUUGAGGAUUUAUAUAAUUUCAGCACAAUAAUAUUUAAAAUGGGCCGCCAAUUAAUUUGGUUGGGACGGAAAAAGAAAAGGAGGAGGGUUGUGAUGAUGAUUUAGGUCUCAUAGUAGCUUAGCAAAAGAAAAAGAAGAAAAAUCAAUGGAACAAAGUGAGUCUGCGUAUCGGAUCCGAGGAGCAACAGCUUCGUAUCUGAGGGGAAAAGGAGUAGUUUUGGAGGAAGAUAUUAGAAGUCGGGAGUACGGUUUCUACACUGCAAUGAAUGAUGUGAUGGGAUGUCUGAAGAAGAAGAAGGAGGGGAAGGAGGAGGGGGUUUAUGCUAUAGCCUCUUCUUUUGGUUACUUGUUCGAGUUGGUCCUACAUCUGACAUCAGCGGAGGUGAAUAUUCCUGUUACUGGUCUUGGCGUUGGACCAGUCACCCCUGGGGAUAUCAGGAAGGCCACUCAACUGCUUCAGACGAAGAAACACACCGUCUUGGCGUUUCGAGUCAAUGUGACUCCAAAGGCGUCUCAUCUAGCUCAAACUUUGGGAGUCAAAAUAAUCUGUGGCGACACCAUUGAACACCUCUGCCAACAGUUUCAGGAGUGUAAUAAGGAGCUGGGAGAUGAUAAGUCAGAGAGUGACGUAGCAGCAGUCUCCCCAUGUCUCCUCUCCAUCUUACCCAAGUGUGUACUCAACAAGGAAGACCCAAUUAUCGUGGGAGUUUAUGUUGUUGAGGGUUUUGUUAAGGUAGGGACUCCCUUAUGCAUUCCACACAGAGCUUUUGUCAAUAUAGGACGGGUUGCAUGGAUUCAGAAGGACCAGCGACCCGUCGAGUUUGCCAGGGAAGGCGAGAAGGUGAUUAUCAAGAUUGUUGCUGCUGACCCCAAAACACAACAAGGGAUGUUGCUGGGAAUAGAUUUGGACGAAGGAGAUGUGCUUGUCAGUCGCACCUCAGCGGUAGCUGUCUACCAGGUUGAGAUCAACCGUCAAAUGGAGAAAAUAAUAGAAUUAACAAACAAACAAAAAAAUGUCCUCAUCACUUGAUCAAAUCUCUAUGUCAUUUUUUUCUCGUGUUGUUUAUCUCCUCUCUCUCAUCCUUGUAAUAUUUACAUUUCUCUCCCCCCCCCUCUCUAUUUCGAAUCAAGCCUGGAAUGUUUAUCUCUGCAUUUGUUCUCCUC